AUGAAAAUACUAUUUGAUUUAUUUCCAAGUCCAAACGAUUUAAAAACGCCGAAAUUAUAUCCCGAAAAAGUGUCACUCUGCCCAGUUUGCAACAAGAAGGCGUACCCAAUGGAAGCGAUUUCUAUUGAAGGUGUCACCAUGCACAAAACCUGUUUCAAAUGCAGUGUAUGUAAAAAGGUGUUAAGUGGUUCCAAUUUUGCCAAGAACCAUGGCGUCUUCUACUGCAAAGUUCAUUUUGCUCAGAUGUUUAAAGAGAAAGGAAAUUAUGAUGAAGGAUUUGGGUGCAAGAAGGCAUCAGCAAAUUGGGAAGAACACCACGGUGAAGAACCAAAGAAGGUGGAGAAAAAGGAAGAGCUAAAAGUUGAACCAAAGAAGGAAGAACCAAAGGUCGAAAAGAAAGAAGAGCAAAAGGUUGAACCAAAAGUCGAAGUCAAGGAGAAGAUAGUUGAAAAAGUCGUCGAGAAAGUCGUAGAGAAAAUUGUUGAGAAGGAAGUCCCCGCACAACUCUCAAAAGAGACAUUCGACCAAGUCAAUGCCAUUUUGAAACAAGUCGAAAAGAUUGAGGGUCAAGUCGGUACAUUAGAAAAAACAGGGAUAACCGCCCCACAAACUUCUGGCUCAUUAAACAACGAGUUCAAUGGUGUUUUUGACAGACUCAAUGCUGCACUUGAUAAGCUUGAGAAGAAGUGA